UGCCUCGACGAGGAGCAUCUGCUUCUGAGGAGCUGCAGGCCACGCAGCUUUGUGGGCUGAAGGUGUCUCAGCCCCAGCCAGUGCAUGGCAGUUAUGAGCCUGCAAAGAGCAAAGAGUACUGGCCACGUGGGCGACGCGCACCUCUGCAAAGCACUUGCGUGGGGCAAUGCCCUAGCAACUAGAGACGCAACAUUCACGAAGUAAAGACAUGUGCAAUCCGGUAGAACAUCACCACAUCAUUGUUCCGCCUCGUUUUGAAGACGUCGAGGAUGAGAAAUACUGUGCUCCGUUCCCUCCUCCGACAUCCCCGGUGUAUGUUCCUUUCUCAGGGAAACGCACGAGGACAUCAAGAGGAUCUGCCCACAGUCUGGCGAGCGAGGAGGAUGAGAAGGUGGGCGGGCUUCUGCUCAGUCAGAUGGAGGAGAAGCCGAUGGCCAAUCAAAGGGAGCCGUGUGCAGCGCUGGACGUGGACAAGCUCCUGUCAGAAAAUGGAAUACCAGCUUUGUGUGAUGUUUUUGGAAAUAUCUCUUUCAAGGGGCAAGGGCAGGAGGUAGAGGACCUCCGUACCCUCCUGGAGGGGUUCCAGCACUGGGGCAAACAGACCUUCCCCCAGCUCACGUUUGAGGACCUGGUCGCACAGCUGGAGGACCUGGGAGGCCGCAUUGAGAUGCAGGCUUGCCUGAGAGCCCUGCAGCCAGACUCUGUGCGGCCUUGUGCUCAGGAUGAGCGCUCAGGCCUGGCGUCGGAGGUCCUCCGUCCCACCAAAGACCCGCCCCAGGGCAGGAAGCUCCGAACCGAGGGGCAGAAGGAACGCCCGCCUCUGGGUCAGCUGACCUGUGAUGUCAUCGACAAAUGGCCGACAGAUUGCAGACUCUCCACAAAAAACUAAGGGGACGAGAGCAAGGCUUAACACUCCAGAGUGUCUACGCUGUACCAAUGCCUUGUCCAUGUCCAGGUCUUGGCUGUAGCGAUGGGCUGGGUUGAUUAUUACUUGUUGAUUGGUUUGUUAGAGCUUAUUCCAGAGUAGAGUAGACAGCAGAAAAGUGCAUAAAUAUGGUAUUUUUAAGGGGCAUCCCUGUUCCCCCCGCCCCAAUCCCUUUGGAAGAACCCUCUAGUGUCUGCAGGCUUUUCAGUCAAACAGUGAAGACCGGCAAUUUUACGAGCAGUGUUGUGGCCUAUCUUGACCCCAUCUGUCACUCUUAACUCAACCUGGAUAAUUAAAUUUCAAAUGAAAGAGA